AUGGCGCCUCGGAAUGCCGCCUGGACUGUGCUUGUCCUCCUGGCCGCCCUCACGGCCCCCGACCGUGUGUCGGCAGAUGAUGCCCUCGCCACCGCCCUGGAAUUCUGUAAUGUAACUGCUUCCGAUGUGGCUCCCGAGCUCCGCUCCAGUCUGGACUUCGUCGGGCCUCUUCGCACCGUUGCCAUUCCGGGCGCGGAGGUUGGAUACCACCGCUUCGGCAAUACCACGACGGGCCGGCCACCCCUGGUGCUGGUGGCUGGCCUGGGAUCCACCAUGAGUUUCUGGUCCGCCGAGCUCCUGGAGUCGCUGGCAGAGGACCAGGAGGUCAUCAUCUUUGACAACAGGGGCAUGGGCUACACCAAGGACUUUACAACUAAGCCGCUGACGGUGCCCCUUAUGGCCAAUGACACGCUCGCCUUUGUGGAGGCCCUGGAGCUGGGAGUCAAACCCAACCUCCUGGGCCUGUCCCUGGGAGGCUUUAUUGCUACCGCGUCGGCAGGGUUGCACGGGGAGCACUACAACAAGGUCGUGAUCGUGUCUGGCAGCGCCGGCAGCCCGGAGUCGGAGGCGCCCUCCCUCCAGGCGCAGCAGGUGUUCAGCGACCCGAAUGCCACGGAGCUGGACCAGCUGAACACCUCCUUCCCCCUCCAGUUCCCCGUGGCCGCCGAGGCGGCAUGCCGGCGCUUCAUCGACCCCGACUCUGCCGUGUACGACACCUACAAUGGCACCACCUUUGGCCGCCAGGCCCUUGCCAUACUAGACUAUUUUUACGUGGAGACGGAUGUCUGGGACGCCGUGCCCGGCAUCGACAACGACCUGCUGCUUGUGGGGGGUGAGGACGACAUCGUGGUGCCCAUCCAGUCCCUGCGGGCCAUUGCGGAGCGUGUGCCGGCCCCCUGGCUCGUCGUUUUCAAGGAGGCGGGGCAUGCCGCCAUGAACCAGUACCUGCCCACCUUCCUCCAGAUCCUGGACACCUUCCUCUCCUUCUCCACCGACGUGUGA